ACAUAUAUAAAUAAUGAAACCACACGCGCAAUAAACGUUUAUCGGUUUCAAUUCGCUCCAAAAUGAGAGAUGGAGGACAUUGGAAUCUAAUAUGACGAUAAAAUUAUUCAAAUUCAAAAUUUUAAACCACCACAAGUAUAAAAGAUAAAUAAAUGUUUGAUUCCAUUUUUCUGUCUGAGCCAGCCAGAGGAACAAAAGGAAGAGAGAGGUGAACUGAGGACUGAACUCUCUCUCCUGCUCUCCCCAAACCCUAAAUUUAUUUCGACCAAGAAUUAAAGCAUGAGCAACCAAAUGGGUCCUCCUCAAGGUGUGAAGAGGAACAGUUUGAAUCAGAAACGAGGUCCAUCCAGGAAGUCCUCGUCGUCUGAGAAUGGAACAAUCUCCAAUUCAUCCUCUCUUCCUGCCCAAUCGUCUGUUGGCGGAGAGCGGACGGUGAAGAAGUUGAGGUUGUCAAAAGCUCUCACUAUUCCCGAGGGCACUACUGUAUCUGAUGCUUGUCGAAGGAUGGCAGCAAGGCGUGUGGAUGCCGUUUUGUUGACUGAUUCCAAUGCUUUACUUUCCGGGAUUGUUACUGACAAGGACAUUGCUGCUAGAGUAAUAGCGGAGGGAUUGAGACCAGAGCAGACUAUAGUAUCAAAGAUUAUGACAAGGAAUCCUACUUUUGUCACCUCGGAUUCACUAGCCAUUGAAGCUCUUCAGAAGAUGGUCCAAGGAAAAUUCAGGCACCUCCCUGUUGUGGAAAAUGGCGAAGUUAUUGCACUACUGGAUAUUACAAAAUGUCUUUAUGAUGCUAUAUCUAAGAUGGAGAAGGCUGCUGAGCAGGGGAGUGCAAUUGCUGCUGCUGUUGAAGGGGUGGAACGUCAAUGGGGAAGCAACUUUUCUG